AUGGGGGCCCGAUUACUUACUCAAUCUAGGCGGAUCUCCCAAGCUCGGCCUCGGCGAAUACUUCUACUCGGCCUAGACAAAUUUAGCAAGAUCGAACUCGGCGAGGCUACUCUCGUGGUUAUAAGCCAAGAAACGGCGGCUCGGAAAAGGAAAGGAAAGGUUGUUAAAGAUGGUCUAAAUAGUAUGGGGGGUCCCGAGGUGGGUUGUAGAGAUCGGACAUCGGGGGUUCCGAGUACUACCAAUUCAACUAGAGUGGACAUGUCCGCCAUGGUCAUACAAGCGGAGCAAGCGACCAACAUCAUUAUCGACGACUCUCUUCGGGUGAUCACUCGAAGUCGGAGUAGGGUCACUAAAAAGGGUGCUAAGGGGGUUCCUAGUGCCUCCACUAUC